AUGUCUCCGAAUCUAAAAGAAAUUGAUACUGAUAAAUUAAUAUGGAAAUCAAUAAAAGAAGACGGGUUGGAUUUGGAGUACGCUGUAGUAAUGCCAAAAUCUAUAGCAAACAGUCUUUUCUGCGAACUUGAAAAUACUCUGGAAUAUUUUACUGGUGACUUGACAAAAAUCAAGGUGUUCGGCAAAGUCUACCCGUUACCUAGGCAGCAAGUUGCUUAUGGGGACCCAGGCAUUACGUACACCUAUUCCGGAAUCACUGUGCCUGCACUAGCCUGGCCCACUCCCGUGCUGGCAAUAAGGGACUUACUAUUCACACUCAAAGGGAUUCUCUACGAUUUCGUAUUAGUAAACAGAUACAAGAACGGAUUGGACCAUAUGGGCGAGCACAGAGACAACGAGCCCGAUUUGGACCCUCGCUUCCCAAUAGCUUCUGUCUCCCUGGGCCAGGAGAGACCAUUCGUGUUGAAACACCGGGACAGUCGGAAGCGAGGUCCUGAUAAAAGAUGCAUCUCACCAGGUCUGUUUGUUUUUGUUUUGAAUCACCAA